AUGCUCCUCCAGGAUACCGGCAGUCCAGCUUACCCUGACUGGCUUGCACUGGCAAUCGUCUUCACCUUACUCCUUCCGCUGCUAUCAUCGAGGACUGUGCGUUACCAGCCCAUCUGGUACAUCUCCUUAAUUGUUGCAAUCGAUGCACUUUUCUCCUUACCUAACACGAAGUUGAAAAUCUUCGUGAUACUGUUCUUGUUCCGUUACGUACGACUCAUUGUUAAUUUGACAGCCUUCUGCUUAUACAAACCCGUUGCUAUUCCAACCCAUCCAAGUCUAACGGCAAAAGAUGUAACGGUCAUCGUACCAACAGUGGCACCGUACGGAAAGGACUUCGAGGAAUGCAUCCAAUCAAUUCAAGCCAACGGACCUGCCAAGAUUGUCAUCGUUACUGCUGGACCGGGUAAUUAUGAGAGGGCGAUUCAAAGCGUUGACAUGUCCUCAAACAUCCUGAUCAAACAUUGCCACGUUCAGAACAAGCGGGCACAGGUCUGCGAAGCUCUAGAAGACGAGGUACAUACUACCAUCACAGUGCUCUGCGAUGACCAUGUCUUCUGGCCUCGGAACUUCCUCCCCAGCAUCCUCGCCCCUUUCGAAGACCCAAACGUUGGCUGCGUCGGUACAAGCAAGCGAGUGCGCCGCACCGUCUCAAACUUCUCCUUGGCCGGCUUCUGGAACUUCCUCGGCUGUUUAUACCUCGAGCGACACAACUUCGAGAUCGCCGCCACCAAUGCCAUCGAUGGAGGCGUCUUCGUCAUCUCCGGCCGCACGUCGGCUCAUCGCACGGAGAUCCUUCAACCACAAUUAUUCCGCAACGGCUUUCUGAACGACUAUAUCCUCUUCGGCCUUAUCGGUCCUCUAAACGCAGACGAUGAUAACUUUAUCACGCGCUGGAUGGUCAAUCAUGGCUGGAAACUCAAGAUCCAGUACUCGGAGGACGCGUGUAUCGAAACCACGCUGGGAGAAUACCCCAAAUACCUCUUCCAAUGUAUGAGGUGGGCGCGUACGACCUGGCGUAGCAACCCCCUCAGCCUGCUAUCACGUCGAACCUGGACCACCCAGCCAUGGUCCAUCUACGCCGUCUUCCUCACCUCCUUCAUCAACUUCGCCCUCUUUUACGACGUCGCUCUCCUCACCACGCUCCGGAUCUACCUCACGGACCCGGCCAGCAGCAGCAGCCAUCCCGUCACGCCCGCCACCGGACUCCUGACCCUCGGCCUCUGGAUCCUGUGCUCCAAGCUCGUCAAACCCUGGCCGCAUUUCCGACGGCACCCCCGCGAUCUGGCCUACCUGCCCGGCUAUAUCCUCUUCGGAUACUUUCAUUCGCUCCUUAAGCUGUGGGCGCUGCUGACGUUUUGGAAUGUCGCGUGGGGAUCUCGGCCGCUGGGUGAGGGGGUGUCGGAGGGUGUGAACGGUGGGAUGGGUGGGGAUGUGAUCUCGGUGGAUGACGCUGAGGGAGGGGUGUCGGAGGGUGUGAAUGGUGGGAUGGGUGGGGAUGCAGCGCGGAUGAUAGGGCAGGUGGAGGGGGAUGAGGGGGUGGGAAGGGAGGAGUUGGAGGGUAGGUGA